CCGGAUGGCGGCGGCAAGACCGAAGUGAAUGACUCUCUACGCACUCUUAAGUAUCCGUAAGGUCUUGAUUGAUUACCCAAGGUACAGAAGGUAAUUGAUUUUCCAUGCCUUUUUCUCUUCCUUUACCUCAAUAUCUAUUGCGUUUUGCAUAAGAAGAAAAGGAAAAGACUACAAAAGGGUCAUCACCCUUUUUUUUACUGCUUCUUCUUUUGACUUCCUUCUUUUCCGCAUUCGUCAUUACUGGGCGUCCCAAACCUCAAACACGUUUGCUAUCAGGGUUGCCUCAUUGUUAAGCGAUAAGCCCAACAACCCCUUCAAUAGGUAGGUAAACAACAAACAAACAAACUCCUCCCUCCCUCGUUGUCAACCCCAAAAAGAGGGCGAUAUCCAAACAAAACUUGCCAACAAAGCAAAGCAAAGCAACACGAAGGGAAGCGAAGCGCCUGCCGGCUUCUUCUAAAUCCAAACACCACCUUGCUCAACUUUUACACGUCCAAUCGCCGAAGCCGCCCCUCCUCGACCGCCCUUUCCGUCCAGCACAGCGCAGCGCAGCACAGGCAGUCAAUAAACUCCCUUUUGCCGCUGGCGCUGGCGCUGGCCUGACUUAUCAAGCCCGGCCCAACUCUUCUACACUUUCAACUCACAACAACCAACUACCUCACCUCCUCGGCAACUUUCGGUCUUUUCAAACACACGCUCGCUUGGAGGACUCUUGUCGUUGGACGGGCGAAGUAGCGCACACGCACCUAAUUACCUUGGUUAUCGAUAGUCAGUCAUCAUGGCGCAAAAGAGACUCAUGCAGGAGCUGCAACCCCUUCAGAAGGAGAAAUGGGUCAACAUCGAGACCGACGACUCAAACCUUCUGAUCUGGAAGAUCGGUCUCUGGGUCGUUAACCCCGAUAGCGUCUGGCACGGAGCCUACCUCAGGGCCGAGAUGAAGUUUCCAAACGAUUAUCCUUACCAACCACCCAGUUUCAAAUUCCUCACCAAGAACAUCUGUCACCCCAACGUCUACACCGACGGUAAUCUCUGCAUUUCCAUCCUCCACAAGCCGGGCGAAGACGAGCAGUCAGGCGAGCUGGCCAGCGAGCGUUGGAAUGUCCUUCACGGUGUCGAAUCGGUCCUGCGAUCCGUUCUACUCCUCCUUGACGAUCCCGAAAUCAACUCACCCGCAAACGUCGAUGCUAGCGUCCUCUAUCGCGACAACAAGACCGAGUACAACAAGCGAGCAAAGGACAUCGUUGAUAAGUCUCAGAAGGAUAUCCCGUCAGGGUCGAGGAUGCCCACUCCCUCCGAGCUCGCACCUGCGCCACAAAAGCCCAUUGAUGAUGAUGCCGACUUCUGGAAUAUGACAGACGAGGAGGAAGACUUUGGCGGCAGUGAUAGCGACGAGGACAUGGAAGACUUUGAUGAUGACGACGAGGAUGACGAUGAUGUCAGAGACCAGAAGUAGACUUCCCCCAAAGGCCAUACAUUUCUCAGCGUGGCCAGGACGAGCGAUAGGUUGGCUACUUUCCAAGCCUCUUACUUUCUCCACCAUUUCGCGUCAUCCUCUUUCAUCUACAGUACUAUGGACAUAGCGAGGUUAUUUUAUUCCAUUUUAAGGCGUUCCAGAUGCGCAUACUCGGUAUGGGACGAGCAUUGCAAGCAUCGAGCGAUACGGACAUUGAGUGAAUGCAGGAAGACUGGUGGUCUCUGUUAUAUGCGUGUUGUUUACAUGGAGCAAGGGUGUGUUUAUCAGGCGUGCUUUCUAUAGACAGAAUAUACAACUUAUCAAGA